GUCCACGACCACGACCACGGCAAUCGGCAUAUAUCGUAUCGCACAAAAUCGAACCAUGGCCAACCAACAAGAAGAGCCCAGGCCACCGCUGCCCCCGUUCACGCUCGAGACGGCGCGCCAGAAGGUCCGAGCCGCCGAAGACGCAUGGAACACACGGGACCCGUCGCGCGUCAAGAUGGCCUACACGCCCGACUCCAUCUGGCGCAACCGCUCCACCUUCCUGCAGGGGCGCGACGCCAUCGAGGCCUUCCUCACGGACAAGUGGUCCCGCGAGAAGGGCUACCGGCUGCGCAAGGAGCUCUUCGCCUUUGAGGGGGACCGCAUCGCGGUGCAGUUCUGGUACGAGUGGCACGACGCCGAGGCGGGGCAGUGGUGGCGCACGUACGGGCUCGAGGACUGGACGUUUGCGCCCGACGGGCUGAUGCGCAAGAGGCAGAUGAGCGGCAAUGACGUCGCGAUUGCCGAGGAGGAGAGGUGGUUCAAGGACGGCGUCGAUGUCCACGACGUGGACAUUUCGGAGAAGCAUUGGUAGGGGUUGGUUUAGUAGUAGGUCGGUCACAUUUGAUGUAUUGAUGUAGAGGGAAAAAGGUCCUGGUUGCUUCAUGUUGCUGCUGCUGCUGCUGGCCCCCUUCCCCGUCUCAUAUGUGCCCGCAACGGACAUGUGUGCACGUUGGCGGGCUCCAGACUCGUGCUUGCUGGCAGAAGAAGAGAAGUAAAAGCAUUGGCAGCACAGGUGUCCCUGCGGAGAGAGCACCCGUGCAGCAGCGGGUGCUGUGUGCCCAAGGCAGCACGGGAGAGUCGUUUCUAGUUGACGCUUCGAAGGAAUCGCACAAGGAGCGGCGGCGGGAGAGGGUUGAGACGAGAGAGCCAUGUGCGGUAAGUGGCCUCGGUUAUGGCAAGGGAAGCCAGGUCUGCCGGGUAUACAGCAGGUGCAUGCGUAACACUCCCGUGUACAUGUUUG